AUGUUCAACGCGUGCGCGCCCGCGGCGUCGCGGUGCGGGCGGAACAAGGGCGCGAAACCGCCCAAGCCCGAGUGGGCGGAAUCGUUCGAGCGAUUCCGAAAGGAACGCGGCGAGUUGACGCGCGAACAGGCGGAGAAGGCGUGGGAGGCGCAGAAGACGGCGAUGCUGCAGGAGGAAGAAGUCGCCACGCGGUUGUACGCGGAGAUGGACGUGCUGGAGGGGACGUCGGGAGGGCGAACGGGGAACGCGGCGGCGACGGCGGAGCUGGUGAGCGAAAACGUACGAAGGGCGUCGCCGACGGCGGCGGACGUGGAGCAGGCGAAACGAGCGGAUGCGAAUCCGUUCAAGUGA